AUGAACAACGAAACGCGGUGGAACUCCACUUACAUGAUGAUUGAGAGGGCUUUUCGAAAGCAGACAGAUAUCAGAGCAUUUAUCUUUGCAACUCAAGAAGAGGAAGACGGGGCAAGACGGAUCCCGGCGGAGGACAUAUUGUCCAGCGAAGACUGGCGGGUUCUUGGCGAAGUCAACGAGAUUCUCAAACCCAUAUACCUUCAGACGAUGCGGACGCAAGGCUGGGGUAAAGGUGACAGCCACAGCCAUGGACGCCUGUGGGAGGUGGUGAUAGGAAUGGAAUAUCUGUUGGAGCAUUUUGAGGACUGGAAGGCCUUCUAUAGUGAGGUUACGGAGGAGACGAUGGGAGAAACUCAAGUGGAUGCUGCGGAGCGGAUUGCAACGGCGUCAGCAAAUUUCCGAGAGUCCAACGGUCGGCCAAGCCGCGUUCGCCGUCUCCCUGCCCGCUUUGAGGAGGAUGAGGUUUACGCGCUACCACAGCGGAGUCAACCUCCGAUAUUCGUAGAAUCUGCCUUACCGUUGCAUUCUCGGGCUGAUUAUUCUACGGCGGAGAAACGAUCAGCGUCCGAGACGUCGCAAAAGAGCACAUUACCAGCGGACCAUCGAGCCUACAUUCGGGCAUCAAUCAACAACGGGUGGAAGAAGCUGAAUGAGUAUUAUGACAAGCCAGACUUGCGUAUUGUGAUAUAA